UCUUCAUUCUUCGCCUUUUGCGAUCUAUUUUCUUUCGCGUCACAUACUCUGCGGAGGUAAUUUUGUGCUGAUAUACUUGUCAUGUAACUUGCAAGUGCAAUUUUGAAGUCGACGCUGGCGACUGGUGUAAGUACUAGAUUCUCAAGAAUCGUGUUGGUAUUUUUGAUUGUGAGUAAUGUCGAGACACUGCUUGUGGCAUUGCACAGCCUCGUGUGGCUUGUUCAUCUCCAGAUGCACUGCGCCAUUGUUGUCUAAUGCACGCCCUUCUACGACCAUAUCGUCAAAUUACAUUGGAUGAAAACGUCGUCUGAUUGUUUUACUACGUAAUUUCCAUACCGAGGUUGGGUUCGUUUAAGGCUGAAGAUAUCUGGGCCGUCUUGAUCGCUAGAAUUGCUGCUGCAAGACUAAAAGAUCUGCUCACGUCCAUCUUUAAAAUGGCACUGGAAUUGCUUGGGUCAGAUACAGCACCGAUUGUGGAGAGGCUUUUACUAUGACUAUUACGCAAGUUCUGUGUAUAUGUUUAUGUCUUAAGGUGUAUUACAGUGUUGGCGCUAGCCGCGAUGAGGAUGAGUGGAGUUCCAUACGUUUGCUCGCACUGUUAUUCAAAAUGAUACGAAGGGACGAUAGUGCUUCAACUGAAAAGCUCGAUGGCUUGUUCUUGUAUGCAUUGAUUAAUGAUCUGGAUGCUGUGUAGUAUUGAAAGUCACCGGCGAAGAUACUGAACGGGAUAGAAUGGCUUGCUGAGGAUAUGCUGUGUUAUAUGAUUCAUGCGGAUAUGUAGACUACAUGUUUGCAAAGCAGAAACACCGAUUGAAGAUGGCGUUGUCAAUAUACCUAAUGGAGGACACUUCGUACUGCUGCGAAUAACCAUCUGUUAUUGUUACGAGUUGUUUAUCAUCUCGCUGACAUAUCUGCGAGAGCACUGCAAAACUUUGUUUAUCGGACUUUCAGAUGGGCAAGAUCUUGUUAUUGGGUAACAAUCACGAGGGAGACUUUUUAACUCAGAAAUAAUAGACGCGGCGCAUCUUUCGCUAUUGCAACACGAUGCACCGUCGUUAGCGCGACCAAAAUUGAAGCAGACAUUGCUUAUUUAUCAAUAAAGGUUUCGCUUCUGGUACUCGUGUAUCCGUUCGACAGAUUAUUGCUUGACAAAUGUGAUGCCGGUGGUGAUCACAACGCUUAAAUUGCUAAGAGGCUCCUCGAAAAUUUUGAUCAGGUCACAUACUGAAAGCCGCGAGCCGCGUACAAAUGAUUCUGUCGGGCCCUUGAAGUUGCGACUUCGUAAUCGCAUCUCAUAACGAAUUUGAAGGUUACGUGAACCAGGUUAUGUCGUCUUCUUUGGGUUUACCAUGAACCUCGUUACAGUUAACGCUUCAGUGGACGGAUUAGUUCAUGUCGAAUACUUUUUUUAAUCUUACUACAUCUACACCUGAGAGAGUAUCCAGCCGAACCGACGUUACUCUCGUGUAAGGCAGUAUUCGCAUGUGAAAUGCCUCGUCAUUAUAAUCAGUAUCUCAAAGCAGAUUCGAUUCGGCAACCAAGGCACUACCCAACUUAUAGUUCUUCUAGUAAGCGGGCGAGAAAUCGAUGAAGGUGCGAUGAAUUAUUAGAUUUAACUAAUACUUUACGUCUGUUCUAAAGGGUAUUUUCUGAAACAAAAUUGGGGGAUAAUGCGCAACGUAUUAUGCAGCGGAGGCUUCCACGCAUAUAGCAAAACCUUAACCAACAAGACGAUAUGAAAUUAAACGCUUGACAGAGAGAGCUCUGUCCGACCAUGAUGUCUCGCAUUAGUACUACAAUAUAUCAAGUAUCAAUAGUAAAUUGAUUACUUAGUGCGUGCAUUGGACUGCCUGACAACGCCAC